AUGUCUUCAGUUUUCACCAGCUCUCGAUUAAUGUUCUUCGUUAUGGUGAUCGUCGUUCUCUUGACUUUCACUAUUGACUCUUUUAAUUCUGCUCCUAUUAUUAACGAUGAGAAUGAACAUAUUAAUAACAAUCUUACUAAAAGAGCUUUCCACGGUGAUAUGACUUGGUACCACCUCGGUUUGGGUGCUUGCGGAAAAUACAAUACUGAUAGGGAUUUAGCUUGUGCUUUACCUAUAGCUCAGUUUGAUAGAUAUACUCCAAAUGGUAAUCCAAAUAAGAACACAAAAUGUGGAAAGCGUAUAAAGGUUACUCGUGGAAAAAAAUCUGUUGUUGUUCGAGUUGUGGAUCGUUGUGAAGGAUGUAAAUCUGGAGAUAUUGAUUUAUCUCCUGCCGCAUUCGAAAAAUUGGCCAGUCUCUCGGUGGGCCGCACCAAAUGUAGUUGGAAAUAUAUUUAA